AACAAAGCCCCCGUCUCGCGCGGCCCCCGGGGAGGGGGGCCAUGUCCCAGCGGGUGAGGCGCAAUGGGUCCCCCACGCCGGCCGGCUCCCUGGGGGGCGGCGCGGUCGCCACGGCCGGGGGAGCCGGGAGUCGCCUGCAGCCCAUGCGGGCGACGGUGCCGUUCCAGCUGAAGCAGCAGCAGCAACAUGGCAGCCCCACGCGGAGCGGCGGCGGCGGCGGCGGCGUUUCUACUUCGUUUCCUUUCGAAUCUAUUUUUAAAAUAAAUAUAUUUGUCUCAAAUCUAGGUGACAAGACACGACCACCUUCCUCAAGCCCCUCUAGUAUCAUCCGCCGCACUUCCUCUCUGGAUACCCUUGCUGCUCCGUACCUCGCAGGGCACUGGCCUCGUGACAGUCAUGGGCAAGCUGCUCCUUGCAUGAGGGACAAGGCCACACAGACAGAGAGUGCAUGGGCUGAAGAAUACUCUGAAAAGAAGAAAGGGUCUCACAAGCGAUCAGCAUCCUGGGGCAGUACAGAUCAACUUAAAGAGAUUGCAAAAUUACGCCAGCAAUUGCAGAGAAGUAAACACAGCAGUCGGCAUCAUCGAGAUAAAGAAAGACAGUCUCCAUUCCAUGGCAACCAUGCAGCUAUUAACCAGUGUCAGGCUCCUGUUCCAAAGAGUGCUCUCAUUCCAGUAAUCCCCAUCACCAAGUCAACAGGCUCCCGGUUCCGGAAUAGUGUGGAAGGACUGAAUCAGGAGAUUGAAAUAAUUAUUAAAGAGACCGGGGAAAAGGAGGAACAACUUAUACCACAAGAUAUUCCCGAUGGCCAUCGUGCACCUCCUCCCCUUGUGCAGAGAAGCAGCAGCACACGCAGCAUCGACACACAGACCCCCGGCGGGGCAGACAGGGGAAGCAACAACAGCAGCCGCUGUCAGUCUGUGUCCCCCACGUCAUUCCUCACCAUCUCCACCGAGGGCAGCGAGGAGAGCCCCUGUUCAGCCGAUGACCUGCUCGUGGACCCCAGGGAUAAAGAGAAUGGAAACAACUCUCCUUUGCCCAAAUAUGCAACCUCACCAAAACCUAACAACAGUUAUAUGUUCAAAAGGGAACCUCCCGAGGGCUGUGAAAGGGUCAAAGUCUUUGAGGAAAGCUCGCCAAAACAACUUCACGAAAUCCCAGCCUUUUACUGUCCUGAUAAAAACAAGGUGAAUUUCAUUCCUAAAAGUGGCUCUGCUUUCUGCCUGGUCAGCAUCCUCAAGCCACUGCUCCCCACGCCAGAUCUUACCCUCAAGGGCUCUGGCCACAGUCUGACAGUCACUACGGGCAUGGCAACCACUCUGUUGCAGCCUAUUGCUGUGGCCUCCCUGUCUGCAAACACAGAGCAAGACCGAAUCUCUCGAGGAACGAGUACAGUCAUGCCGUCGGCCUCGCUGCUCCCACCGCCAGAGCCGAUUGAGGAAGCUGAAGGGUAGGUCCCGGGGCUGCGUGGCCAUUGUUCUGGGCGACAGAGAACCUCGGAUGCUCGGCUCCUGCAUCGUGCACUCCCACUUGGCUGUGAUGUCCUGCAG